AUGUCGUUGAAAUCUGUGUUUCAAAGGAGAGACAGAAAUUACAAUUCCGACUCGAGUGGAUACUAUUCUUCGUCUGACAUCUCAUCUGCUCUGAGCGGUUCGCAGUUUAUACUUAGACCAGCUACUGUACAAAGCGCAUGGUCUAAAGAGCCGCUAUAUCAUACUCUGGAAUACGAUCAUUAUCCGAUAUCGAGCAACUACACUUCACCAUCUUCUACAUCUUUAUCCUUAUCGGAGAACGACACAUUCGGAGAGGAUGACGAAAGCACAUUACGGCCACGAUCGAAUCUCACGUUGAGAUCACUGAAACCUUCAGCCCAAUCCAAAAUUGCCGCUUGUAAAACUGUAUUUUCAUCGCUUGCUGUUCGCACACGUAGACGUCGACCUUCAGUAUUAAACUUCGAUUCUCCAGAAGAACCACAAAAUAUUGAAGACUUCCUCGAUUUCGAGGAAAAAGCUUCAGAAAAAGCAAGGAACGAUGAAGUGAGCAUUGAGGAGCUCUUCAAUGCACUAAGAAUGCAAGAUGAUUUUUUGCCGACGAAGGACGGAACUGCAUCUGUUGCAUCAACGAUACGAAGAAAGCAAAUAAGCAUCAAAGAACCAGACGAUUCCAGCAAAAUCUACUUCAAUUAUCAUACUAAAAAACGGCUACCGCUACCGUUCAUCAAACGUAGUUCCAAGCCACGGUCGAUUCUAAAGAAAGAGCCAUCACUGUCGUUCACCCACCUUUACGAAGAGAUCGAUGGUGACCAUCUAUCACCACUACCCGAUGAUGUGCGACCGGUGGUUCCCACUAGACCCGAUGUACAACCUAUGCGGAUUUUUCCACCAUGCAACGAUUUUCAACCUCGAAAAAUGGAAAAAUGCAGAUCCUCAACGCUGAAGAGGCGCCAAAAAAUUCCCACUCUUCAUCAUGCUGAACAAGAAUCAGCCGCCCCUUCAUGGUCAUCACGUCUAAAGCAAAAGCUCUUUUCCAAAAGUUCACCUGACGUAAGAGAAUGACUUUUGAAAUUCAUUGUCUGUGAUGUAUCAAAGUUUAUGCUCUGGUUCACUACG